GUGGGCAGCUCCUGGCAUCUUGGAAAAUACAAUGGCAAGUAGAGCAAUAACAGCAGCCGAGGGUCCUCUAUCUCCGGCACAAGCAAUAUGAGUUCCAGUGCCAAAGGCGGCUCGUCAGCCCUGUCUCCACCAAACCAAAAAUUAUCCAUCUGCUAAGGUCGUUCUCUGCUGUCCAUUGGAAGCGGCUUUCUGUAUGAGAGGGCAAUUUGCUUCUAUCCCCCAGCGUGCACGCAUUCACACAGACAUCACCCAACCUUUUGCACUUGUGCUCUUGUCCCAGUUGUGGUAGGAGACGACGAGGUUAGACAAACAGACAGCAGCUCUCCGGGGACAAGGCCAGCGGCUACUGUGUCUGUGUGGGCUGUGGGUACUCCCCCUGCAUACCUGCUCUGGAGGCUUCGCCUGGGCUACUCUUCCAAUCGGAGACGGACACUGGAACCAGAAGGGGACUCGAUUCCUCAUCUGGCAGGAAUUAAUUCCAGUUCACAAAAUUCAUGUUAGACUAUUUUGGCUGCAAAGAAGAAUUCUGUAUGCACUGGGGACAACACCUGAUCCCCAUAAGGCUGCAGAACUGGGCUGACAUCAGAAUCCAAACAUACUCUGGGAGAAGCAACAGGAUUCCCUCAAAGAAGAGCCAACAAGGAAGAUGUUGCACAACAGUGCUCACAGGAGGGUCCUUGACAGAAGGGGAGACCCUAUGACUUUGUAGCAGAAAUCGAGGCAUCCUGAGUGGGUGGAGACAGUUCAGUCAGAGAGGACGUGGGGCCCUUGUCCAGGAUGAGUUACAGCACGCCCUCUGUACACGAUUUGUACCGCAGCACCACUACCACCUCUGAGCCAGACCCAGGGUCAACCAUGGACAGGGCUCUACCAGAAACUGGUACUGUAAGCCCUGAAACCACCAGCUUUAACAGCAGCAAAAUUCCAGAUGUGGUCAGCAGUGGGCCCGGCCUGAGGACAAUGCUCCUCUCAUUUGGAAUCAUUACUGUGAUUGGGUUGGCUGUAGCAAUGGUUCUCUAUAUCAGGAAGAGGAAGAGGUUAGAGAAGCUGCGGCACCAGCUCAUGCCCAUGUACAAUUUCGACCCCACGGAAGAACAGGACGAACUGGAACAAGAGCUACUGGAGCAUGGAAGAGAUGCUGCAUCUUCCCAGGCCACCCAGAACAAGAUCCUCCUGACAAGCCAGGGAACCGUCCAGAGAUCCAGCCGUCUUGUGUUCACAGAUGUCGCUAACGCUAUCAAUGCAUGAACGACACCUGCCCCUGCUUUGGAUCACUCUGAGAUCAGGGAGAACGGAGCCAACCAGUUAAAUGCCACAAGCGUGGAUGAGGAUACCAAGCCUACUGACCACCCCAUCAGUUUGUGCUGCGACUGGGGAGCACUUCUGGGCAUUUACACACUUCAGGCAGCAAAUGCUUGGUGGUGACUGGCUGCAGCAACUUUUGGUACGUCCAUCGCUACCAAAGGGCCCUGAGCUAUCAUGCCCAGAUUUCAGGAGCAAUCCUGGUUAGUGCCGUCUUACCAAGCUGUGCAGGGAUGAAGAUAAACUGUCUUGAAGCUAAAUUGGUCAGAACGCAGGACCCUACCGAGUCAUGGGAUCGUGGUGGGGGUGGAAGCACUUGUUUUGAAGGGCUUUCCCAAUGAUUUUUUACCAUAACAUCUCACGAUUGGAGUCCUGCAGUGUAAUCUAAUGGUUUCCACAGAGCUUAGCCAGGUGCCUGGAGGUGACUUAAGCCCCCUUGAGCUGGGAGGCAGGGCAGCUGUGCCUGCCUCCUCAGCAGUGCCCAUGAGCAUAUGAUGUUAUUCCCGGGGCAAACUCAUCUGUCUUGCCUCUUGUGCUGCCUAGAUUGUUCAGAAACACACUCACAGGGUAGCACUCAGGGUUUCUGCAGCACGGGUGUUUCACGCUUUUUAAAGGUGAACCAAAGAGCUUUGGAGAAACAAAUUGAUUAAAUAAAUUUAAAGCGACGAAAUGGUUGAAUGUCCCAGAUCAGUGAUGUAAUAAGAAUGUAGGGACAAGCCACUCAGCUCCUAGAAGCUGGGCCCUUUCAUCUCCCUCUGGCUUAGCUAGGAGUGGCAGUGAUUGGUGACCGGAUACCACAGUAGUAGAGUUAAUAUAAUAAAAAUAAAUGGGCUCGGAUGUACUCCCAUCCACUCCUGUGCUUCGGCCAAGGAAGAUGGUUUUUACAGAGUAAAGUUUUAUGAGGGAAGAACACUUAGAGAGAGUGAGUGAAAAUAUAUCAGAGGGGUAGCCAUUUUAGUCUGGAUCUGUAAAAGCAGCAAAGAGUCCUGUGGCACC